AUGGCCGUCGUCGUCUGCGUCACCGGCGCCGGCGGCUUCAUUGGCUCCUGGAUCGUCAAGCUCCUCCUUGCCCGCGGCUACGCCGUCCGCGGCACCUCCCGCCACGCCGGUACGGUUCCUCUCGCUGUCUCUCGUUGCGUCCCUUUGCCACCCAAGAUUCUUGGGCGCGCCGGGUCUGCCAAGUCUGCUCCAGGAAUGGAUUGGGCUGACCAGCUCUUGCGCGCAGAUGGCCCCAAGAACGCGCACCUGUGGGCGCUCGACGGCGCGGCGGAGCGGCUGACGAUGGUGCAGGUCGACCUGCUCGACCGGGCCAGCCUCCGCGCCGCCUUCGACGGAUGCGACGGCGUCAUCCACACCGCGUCGCCGAUGCACGACACCCCCGAGGAGAUCAUCGAGCCGGUGAUCACCGGGACGCUCAACGUCGUGGAGAUGGCCGCCGACGCCGGCGUCCGGCGCGUGGUUCUGUCCUCCACCAUCGGCACCAUGUACAUGAACCCCCACCGCGACCCGGACGCGCCGCUCGACGAGUCGUGCUGGAGCGACCUCGACUACUGCAAACAAACCAAGAACUGGUACUGCUACGCCAAGACGAUCGCGGAGCGGGGCGCGUGGGAGGCGGCGCGGGCGCUGGGGCUGGACCUGGCGGUGGUGAUCCCGGUGGUGACGCUCGGCGAGCUGCUGCAGCCGAGCAUGAACACCAGCACCAAGCACAUACUCAAGUACCUCACCGGCGAGGCCAAGGCGUACGUCAACGAGUCGCACGCCUACGUGCAUGUCAAGGACGCCGCCGAGGCGCACGUCAGGGUGCUCGAGGCGCCCAAUGCCGGGGGACGGCGCUACGUCUGCGCAGAGAGGACGCUGCAUCGCGGCGAGCUCUGCCGGAUCCUCGCCGGGCACUUCCCGGAGUACCCGAUUCCCACAAGAUGCAAGGACGAGGUGAAUCCGCCAAAGAAGGGUUACAAGUACACCAACCAGCCUCUCAAGGACCUGGGCAUCAAGUUCACCCCUGUGCAAGAAUACCUCUAUGAAGCGGUGAAAUCUCUGCAAGAGAAGGGAUUCAUACACAAGGCUUCCGGCACCAAGGUGCCUGCUAGUAGAGGGAGCUCGCUGCCUCAGAAUUCAACGGCGCCCAUGUUUAUGUCGAAACUUUGA